CUGUUGUCUACUGGGGAAGUUCGCCAGUACUUUAUGGAUUAAGCGUUCCUGAUAUCUUUAGCGUUCCAUCAUCGAAUUGCCGCUUUGCAACUUGGCAGAACUUCUAAGGAAUGAUUUCCACGCGUACAGCGAACAUUGGAUAACUUAGCGGGAUUAUACUUUUAAUUGAUAUAAAUUAAUUGUUGGAUUGCCUAGAUAAGUAUACGUGGUGCCAAGUACCUAAUGGUUGUAAUAUAAGGCUUUGCGCAGCAGCAGACAGCCGAUUACAAUGAGGAGGACCCUGUGCCUUGGAGGACAUAUAUAACAAGCAUCGUAGCACAACUUCUGCAUGUCAUAGUAUGGUCACCAACAAUGCAUAUUAUUCGUUUCUUGUCUGAGCUCUUCGUGGUGACAAUUGCUGCGGGACUUGUGGGUGCGACUCCUGAACAUCAGGAGAAAAGAGACGGCACCUACAAUACAUUCAUAAAGAAAGGAUUGCGACAGUUGUUGUACAUGAUGCAAAAGCAAGAAGCAGAAAUACAAAAGCAAGAAGCGAUGAACCAAUGGCGUUUUAAGCAAUCGAGACGCGGCGCCAACAACCGUGUCGUGAUUGACAAUGACAAUUUGGACAACGCUCCAAGAGUUACUGCAAAACCUAUACAAGGCCCAGUACAUAUUAAAGUAGUAGAUAGACACACGAAUGAGUUUAUAAAAGACCAUCUUAUACCUCUGGUGAAUGAUAAACUAUCGAAGUCACCUCAGCAACAUGCUAAACACCGGCGACACAGAACAGCUAAACUCCACCAUCACCAGAGCUCAGAUGCUAAUCGAUCGGAACAUAUGGAAGGCUCAGGAGAGGGCGAAUCGCAACUCGCACGAAACCAAAGAGAUUAUGAUAAAAUCACAAGGACUGAACCUGAAAAUGAUCACAAUGAUGCCACCAAACCUCGCAUUGAUAAAAGGCAUGGCGUUGAAAAACCAAAGCCAACUAAGAGACCAGCUUUCUUGAGUGAACACUUAAAAUUGUGUGAAAAAGCUGAUGAAAAAUAUUGUUUUAAUGAAGGCGUGUGCGUCAUUGUAGGAAAAUUAAAAACCAAAUCUUGCUAUUGUCCAUUAGGCUACACAGGGAUACAGAUCAAGAAUGUAGUACGGUACGAAGGUGAUAAGUUAUUGACAGGCAAGCAGCUGGAUACGGUGAUCUGAGGCAAAAACGGUGCAAUGCAAUGCUUAUAUGAUAUAGACAUGGAAUACAAAUAUAUGUGUGUGGACAAACAGUAAAGCAGAGGGAAAAACAAUUGUAAAUCUAAAACGGAACAAAAUGUUACCACCUGGAAAGUGAAGAAUUAUUAAGGACG